UCCUCUUUUUAACAGCCUUGCAUUACCUCCUGGUUCAGCCUUGUCUUCAAAGUAAGAGAAUGGAGCAGGCCCCAGAUUUUCUAGUCCCAGGAAUCCAAACCACAAUGGCAGCCCAGUACCUCGGCGAACCCAGGACCAGCCACGGGCUUGCAUACCUCGGAGAUUCCCAGUUGAGACUUGUCUUAGUGGGUAAGACUGGGGCAGGAAAAAGUGCAACAGGAAACAGCAUCCUCAGAGAGAAAGUGUUUCAGUCUAUCUCUUCACCUGUAUCCAUCACCAAGCACUGUGAGAAAAGAAAUGGCACCUGGAGGGGGAGAGAAGUUGUCGUCGUGGACACCCCUGGCCUCUUUGACACAGACGUCCCAGAUGCUGAGACUCUCAAGGAGAUUACCCGCUGCAUGCUGCUGACCUCCCCGGGGCCUCACGCUCUGCUCCUGGUCAUCCCACUGGGCCCUUACACGCUGGAAGACCAGAAAGCCACAGAGAAGAUCCUGACGAUGUUUGGAGAGAGAGCUAGGGAACACAUGAUUCUCUUAUUCACCCGGAAAGAUGACUUAGGCGGCAUGGAUUUCCAUGAUUACUUAAAGCAUGCUCCUACAGCCAUCCAAGAACUGAUUUGCAGGUUCAGAGAUCGCUACUGUGUUUACAACAGCAAGGCCACAGGAGCUGAGCAGGAGAACCAGAGGGAGCAGCGGCUGGCCCUGGUCCAGGAUGUGGUGGACAAGUGCAAUGGGAGAUACUACACGAAUAGCCUGUAUCAGAAGACCGAGGAGGAGAUUCAGAAACAAACCCAAGUGUUACUAGAAAAUUACAGAGCAGAGCUUGAGAAAGCGAAAGCUCAGAUAAAACAGGAGUUCGAAGAGGAAAUCAGAAAGCUGAAGGAUGAACUAGAACAGCAAAAGCGGAAGGUGCAAAUGGAAAGGCAAUUGGCAGAAAGGGAGGCUCACUGGGUUUCAAGGCAGCAAACAGCCAGAGAUGAUGUUUUGAGUCAGAAUGAGAUACUUGAAACCAUCUUUACCUUGUUACGGGUUGCUUCCUUUGUCUUCUCUCUGUUUAGGGAUUAA